GAAAGCGGCCGAGCAACACAGCUGGGAGCUGAAUCCACAGUGACGGACAUCGCUACUUCCUUUUUUCUCUUGUUGCUGCCGCCUCUCGCCGGCAAGUCAACCCCAUCUUCUGCCGUGGCCUUUUAUCCAUCUGUUGCUCAUUCUUAAGAUGGAGAGUGGGAAAUAUAAGGAUGAUGGAGAUGAUAAGGCGAAAGACAGAAAAUCCAAUAUUUGCCACGAAUGUGGCGCUGCUUUCAAAAAGCCUGCUUACUUGAAGCAACAUAUGCAAAGCCAUUCGCUCGAGAGGCCGUAUAUUUGUACCGUAGAUGGUUGUGAAGCGAGUUAUAGAAGAAAGGAUCAUUUAACUCGACACCUUCUCCAGCAUCAAGGAAUGAUAUUCAAGUGUCCUAUCGAAAAUUGUAGUCGUGAAUUUGCAUAUCUAUCCUGUCUGAAUCGACACUUGAAAGUUUUCCAUGAAGGUUCUACUCCUGAAGUUGAAGGUCAGAAGCGUUUUGUUUGCUCGGAAGAUGGAUGUGGAAAGGAGUUCAGAUAUGCUUCUCAACUGCAAAAGCAUGAAGAUUCCCACGCUAAGCUAGACUCGGUAGAGGCAUGCUGUUCUGAACUGGGUUGCAUGAAAACAUUUACGAACAAGCAAUGCCUCAAGGCUCAUGUGCAGUCCUGCCACCAAUACAUUGAAUGUGAGAUUUGUGGUGAAAAGAAAUUGAGAAAGAACAUCAAGCAACAUCUCCGACAAAAGCAUGAAAGUGACGGUCUGCAAACGACAAUUCGAUGCACGCACGAGGGCUGCAGUAAUGUCUUUUCAACAAGUUCGAAUCUCCGACAACACGUAAAGGUCGUGCAUCUGGGACAAAAACCUUUUGCUUGUUGUUUCCCUGGUUGUGGCAUGAGAUUUGGGUACAAGCAUGUUAGAGACAAUCACGAGAAAAGUGGCCAGCAUGUCUACACCGAUGGGGAUUUUGAAGUAGCUGACGAGCGAUUCCGCUCGAAGCCAAGGGGUGGGAGAAAAAGGGUUUGUCCAACUGUUGAAAUGCUUAUACGGAAGAGGGUUACCCCCCCAACUGAGCUGAAUUUCAUGAUGGAUGAGGACUGUUAGUAUGUCCCUACCAGACAGAAGCCAAGCCAACCCAGCCAGACCUCUUGUUGAUACUAAUCCUACGCACAUUAGAAGUAUUUUGAUAGCUUAUGAAUGAUAGAAUCAUCUGUAAGCAAUGUAAUGUAUACUGUACUUGCCCAGAAUUAGAACACUCAUAGUAUGUAUUUUUGUGUUCUUUGUAUGAUAAUCAGGUCUUUUACCUAUUA